GUGUGUGUGGAUGUUUCCGUGUCACUCAAUACAUGUGAACCAUGAACACGUGAAGUGGUUGGGAAACGGUGGAAAAUUCAACAAUUGUGUACAUCCCCAGCAUUGUGUGAAGUGAGAGUGUUGUUGCAUCCUCCAAAAACGAUGAAAGUUCGAUUGGCCAUCAAUCUCCUUGUUUUAAUUAUUAACAUUGAGGAUAUCCGUGCGAGUUGGGAGGAGUGGUGGACGUAUGAUGGAAUUUCAGGACCAGGCUUUUGGGGACUAAUCAACCCACAGUGGAAUAUGUGCAACAAGGGACGCAGGCAGUCACCCAUAAACGUCGAACCGGAUAAGCUCCUCUUUGACCCCUACCUGCGACCCCUACACAUCGACAAGCACAAGGUGUCUGGGACACUUCACAACACGGGUCAAUCGCUUGUUUUUCGUGUGGAUAAGGACACGAAACAAUAUGUAAAUAUUUCCGGAGGACCUCUGGCGUAUCGGUAUCAAUUUGAGGAGAUUUACAUUCACUACGGCACAGAGAAUAGCCAAGGAUCUGAGCAUCACAUCCAUGGAUACAGUUUUCCCGGAGAGAUUCAGUUGUAUGGAUUUAACAAGGAAUUGUAUCGCAAUAUGUCAGAGGCACAGCAUAAAUCUCAAGGCAUUGUUGGAAUCUCACUGAUGGUCCAAAUUGGUGAUACGCCCAAUCCUGAACUUAGGAUAAUAACAAGUACUUUUAAUAAGGUUUUAUACAAAGGAACUUCCACACCAAUCCGGCACAUUUCGCUGCGAUCUCUUCUACCCAAUACGGAGCAAUUCAUGACGUACGAAGGAUCAACAACGCAUCCUGGCUGCUGGGAGAGCACCGUGUGGAUUAUUCUAAAUAAGCCAAUUUACAUAACAAAGCAAGAGCUCUACGCUCUCAGGCGACUCAUGCAGGGUUCAGAGCAAACCCCCAAGGCACCCCUGGGAAAUAAUGCAAGACCUCUGCAGCCGCUGCAUCAUCGCACGGUGAGAACCAACAUAGACUUCCAGCAUAGUUCUAAGAAUCAAAAUCAAAAUUGUCCAACAAUGCAACGUGAAAUGUACUACAGAGCAAACAAAUGGACAGCCGAGAUAACACUCCGGGGCCGGGAUCGUGUUUUUUCCGAGUCAAUCUUUCACUCCCUUCACUAGGACCCAACCCAUCCGGGGGUGGCAUUAACCAACCUCAAUUUAAGGCAUCAAGCACCACUGAUGGAGUCCAUUUUUAAUUCAAUAAAGAACAAUAUUUAAACAAACAAAAAAAACACAAUUAAAUUAUACUUUAAGCCGUGCAUUGAGUGAAUUUUCAGGCAAUUCAAAGAGAAGAAA